UCCAAAGGAAUUUCACGACACUUAGCCAGCCAGUCUGUUCACCCACCUAGCCAAGCAGACAGAGAGACAGGUCGUGUCAAUAUGCAAUUGAGACAGCCCAAAGAUGUGGGCCAACAAUUAAACUCGGUCUAUGGCCUAAAAUAUCUCUGGUGGAAUUUCUCCAUCAUCGGCAUACACCCGCCUGCCGGCGUAAGGACACAUCCAGUCUGGCGCUUCUUGUACCUUGUGUAUGCAGUGGUAAUUAAUUUCCUGGCCGGCUUCUGUCUGCCCGCCACCAUGUUGGCCAAUCUGAUGUUGCUCAAAUCAUUGGAGGAAAUCAUUGGAAAUUUGUCGUUGAGUAUGACCAUUGCCAUAUCGAUGACCAAGGAAUUGGCCAUACUCUACUGUCGUGGUGGUCUCCUGAAGGCAAACCAUUAUUUGCGUUUGCUCGACGAACGUUGCAGUGCCCAUCCCCGAGAUCGCAUGACUGUCAUGGAAGCCGUCCGUAUGUGUCAUUGGUAUUAUACGGUGUAUAUAUCGUUUUAUGGCUUUUGUGCCAUUGGUUUUGCCUACAUCGGCUGGAGUAAUCAUACAUUGGUGUACAGCGCCUGGUUUCCCAACAUCUUUGCCAAUGACCAAACCAAUUAUUUGGCUGCGUAUAUUUUCCAAAAUUUAGCUCAAACUUUUACGGUAUUUCAAAAUGGCAACAAUGACAUGUAUCCGCUGUGUUAUAUAACUUUAAUGAUUUAUCAUGUCCGGGCCUUGGCUGAUAGGAUUCAACGUGUUGGUGGCGAUGCCGAAACGAGUGCUGAGGAGAAUGUUCAAGAAUUACGCAAUUGUAUUCAGGAUCAUAAAAAUGUUCAGAGCUAUUUUGAAUGCAUUCAACCGGCCAUAUCGUCGACAAUGUUUCAACAGUUAUGGGUCGCUGCCUUUACGCUCUGCCUGACGGCCAUCAAUUUAAUGGCCUUCGAACGAACAUUUGCUGAGAAAAUAUUUUCCGUUGUCUAUUUAGGUGUUAUUGUCAUUCAAAUUUUUCCCGCCUGCUUGUGUGUGAAUUUUAUGAUGUCGGAAACUUCAAAUCUCACAACGGCCAUGUACAAAUGCAACUGGAUUGAGCAGAAUCGUAAUUUUCGUCGAAUGUUGAUCAUUUUUAUGCAGCGUUCGCAAAAGGUCAAUGUCAUCUAUGCGGGCGGUUUGGCACCGGUUACAUUGCAAACGUUUGUAGCGAUAAUAAAGUUCUCCUUCUCGAUGUAUACCAUAUUGAGCCAAAUGAAAAUUCAGUAAUUUAAUUACGAUGUGUAUAAUUGUGUGCUUU